UGUGUGUUUGCGCCAAUAUUUGUUAGGCGCAUUUGAAUGAAUUACGUUACAUUCUAAUGAAAAAACAAUUAUAAUAGAAAAGUCAUAUAAAUAAAUAAAACAAAUAGUUGUUUAUUUUGUCGAAUUACGUGCAUUUUGUGUGUGUCUGUGUAAUCAAUCAGAAUCGAUAAAAAUAGAAAAUUGGAAGCUAAAUAAAAAUAAAAAGAGGGAGAAAAAAAUCAAAGCAAUUAAGUUGUAGUUAAAUAUUGUGUUUGGUGGUAAUUAAAUAAAAUUUGUUGGCGUCUCUCCUCGUCCGGGGAUUUUCAAAGGGAUUUUUAUCUACGUACCUACGUCACAAUUGGAUUUUGUAUAAUUGAUACGCCUUAUUAGUAGAUACACAAUUUCAAAAGCAUUGGCAUCCAAUGCCCUCUGCUUAAAGCCACAGCGGAGAGAAGAAGAACUCAAACAACUAGGAAACACGUUUCUUGCGAAUGAAUGACGAAGUAAAUGAGCAAAACAUAGCAGCAGACUAAGUGGUGGCACAAUGAAUCCAACGUUUAAAACUCGGACAAGUGAUGAAGCACUUGAUGAGCAUAUGCAACAAUUGAAAACUAUUGUGGCCUCACGGAGGCAGAACCCGAAACCACAAGAGUCACAGUCACAGUCAACAUAUAGCGAAAGUCCGGCAGCAAUGCAUCCAGCACCAUCAGAUGCUGGUUCCACCCACAAAUCGUAUCAGCCAACAAAGCAACAACACAUUAACGAGGAUGACAUGCGUAUACGCAGCGAUUCGACAGCUACAAGCAUUUAUGUGAUGGGCAACACACCCAAUGCCAUGGGACAUGAUGCGUACUCCAGUAAUCCCCCCACCAUGGAUCGUAGGCAAGAGCAUCGCCUAUCCUGGGUAAAUAUGCGACGAAGGAUCGAAGGCUCAGUGGCGGAAAGUGAGGGGCCACGACGACCACCCGUAACACCCUCACCCCAAACGACACGUAGUUAUAUUCGAAUAUAACAACAACCGAAAUGAUGAGUUCUUCGGAUGGCCGCAGUACGGCCUUGAGAAAUGGCAGUAGCGUGGGUGUAGGUGGUGGUGGCGGUACUCUGAGUGGCAGAACAACGGCCACAUCGGGUCACAUGAGUACCAGCGGUGUGACAACCAUAAGUGGCAGCAAUAACACCUUGAAUGAUAUUCAUUCGGAUUAUCAUAGCCAAGAAGUGGGUGGCAGUCGGGAUUUCCAUAAUUUUCGCGUAGUCCCACCACACCCAUGAAACAGCAUAACUAUUCGGCCAAUGGUAGUUUUAAUUUGGCCAAUGGCAGCACCGUGAAAUUGUUGGCGGGCAAUGAUGAUGAGGCGAAU